GACCGACCUGGGAAUUUGUGGACCAGAUACCAUCAUGGCGUCGGGAGCAGGAGAGUCGUCCGGAGGACACGAUGCAGAACUGGACGAGUUACUGGACAGUGCGCUGGGUGACUUUGACAAGGCGUCGGACCCUCCUGCACCGGCCUCCACCUCAGCCAGCAGCGGAGCCGAGAAGCCGCCUCUGCUGGAAGACUGUAAGCUCUUUGAGACUCUGUUCGAAGGCGACAUGGCAGCUCAGGCCCGGGAGGAGUGGGAGAAGGCCAUGACGGAGCUGGCCAGCGAGGAGCCCGAGUUACUGCAGCACUUCCAAAAACUGUCAGAGGCCGCAGGGAAAGUCGGAACUGACACCGCCUCGCAACAAGAGUUCACAUCCUGUCUGAAAGAAACCCUCCGCGGCUUGGCCAAAAAUGCAGACAACCUGCAGACAUCAGGUCUGGCUGGAGAGGACCUGGUCAAAGCUCUAGAAGGCCUGGGGUUGGAAGAAGGAGGCGAGGGAGGUGGGGAGGAAGGGAAUAUCCUCCCUAUCAUGCAGUCCAUCAUGCAGAACCUUCUCUCUAAGGAAGUGCUUUAUCCGUCUCUCAAAGAGAUCACUACUAAGUAUCCUGAGUGGUUGGACACCAACAAGCCCAGCCUGAGCCCAGAAGACUACCAGCGCUAUGAGCAGCAGGCCAAAAUCAUGGGAGACAUCUGUAAGCUGUUUGAGAAGGAGGAGGAGGGCGCCGCCGAGAAGGAGAGCACGUUUGAGAACAUCAUGGACCUCAUGCAACAGUUGCAGGACCUUGGCCAGCCACCCAAAGAGCUUGCAGGUGAUGCGCCUCCUGGAUUCAACUUUGACAUGGAGUCCCUGAACCUCUCCGGAGGCCUCGGAGGACCCGGUGGUCCCGGGGCCGGGUCGGCGGAGCAGUGCUCCAUCAUGUGAUCGGACGGCGGCGUCACCGGAGCCGAGGUCACUCUGUGCAUCAGUCUCAAGGAGGGAUGAUGACCGAGUGGGAGGACGGAGAGGUGAGGAGCGUCAGCACCGUCCUCCCUCUGGCUGAAGGUGUGUGGACGAGGACGAGGCACAAAAACAUCAACAGGAACCACACACACACUAACGCACUUUCUCUGUAACAUCACUGAAGGCACGUUCAGAACAUCCCUCAGAACAUCCCUGCUUUAGUUGGUCAGUGGUUGUUGUUUUUAACAGGGUUCCUUUCAGCUGCUUGCUCACCACUGGCCUCCAUUUUAUUUUUACCGUACUGUUUAGCCUCAUGGUCAAAGAUGAUCAAACCACCUGACGGGUAUAAACAGUGCCUUUGACUCUUCGAUUCUAAUUUUAGGUGUCCUUCAAAGCACUGCAGGUUCUUAUUUUAAAGUGGGGGGAAGUUUCAGUCCCUUAACACCUCACCUUGAUUAACUUUUGUUCAAUUCAACCAUUUUUUCUGUACAGCAUUUGACUAAACGAGUUAACGAUUUAUUAAACUGUAAUGAGAAAGAAAGUAUAUAAUUAUUUAAAGAGUGAAAACACCAACACUUUGUAAUUGAACAGCCCCCUUUUACCUGAGUGUCAUUCCUCCUCAUUCCCAGGUAUCGAUUUGAAGUGAUUGAGGUCUAAUGAUUCCCGGACGCCUUUGCUGUGGUUACUGUCAACAUUAUAGUGUAGAGUUACUGUGCAAAGUGCUCCCCAUGUGAUUGCCAGUUUUUUUUUUUUUCUAUAACAGAGUGAUGUUUGUCUUUGGUUUGGGGUCCCAUACCAGGAAGGAAAACACUUGAGUGGGUUUCUAACUCGAUAGCAUGAACGGUUCUCCCUUUUACCCGCCAUUAAAAGUACAUUAUGUUGUUUUUUUUCUCCAUAAAACUAAACUUCACAUCAGACAAAAUCAUCACCGUAACUCAUACCUAUUCAAUAAUGGGCAGAAUUAUGCUGCUAUCAUGUCCACCGUGAUCAGUGGGUUUGUUUACACACACACACACACACACACACACACACACACACACACACACUUUGGUUUGGACUCCUUUCACCUGGCAACAAAACUUUACCUCUGUCGACAACAGAGAGGUCUAGAAACCAGCCAGGGACUCAACUAUAAAAUAAAAGGUGUGUGUAAAAGGGUUCGGUCAUCCGUACACUGAAAAUCCAGAACAGCCAACACACACCGGGGGGGGGGGGGGGGGGGGGGUGUCAUUAGAGGGGGAUGCAGCCUAUUCAGCUCUCAGGGCCGAAGCAGACAACACCCAGAACAC